UCCUCGAACGGGAAGGUGCUUGGCCCGUCCUGUGCACCCUCCCACGCAUGGUCUGGCUGAGCCCUGUAGUGGCCCUGCUGACCUGGGCCAGGCUCAGGGCCACAGGGAGCCGCGUCGAGACCCCACACCCGCCAUGCGCCCCCUGACUGUACUGUGGCCUGUCCCCGGGACGCUCUGUGCCUUCCUGCUCCUGGGGGGAGCCCUGAGCACACAGCAGGAAGAGGGGAAGGUAGACUGGGACAGCCCCACCUGCACGCAGGACCCGGUGACGGUGCCCCGGGGCCAGCAGGCUGUGAUGACCUGUAACAUCUCUAACACCUACACCGAAGUCAUCAUCUUCCUGACCAGCCCCGGGGGACACUCCAAGAAGCUGUUUCAUGUGAAGGCCCCUGACUGUAUCUCAAAGGACGGGUGGCAGCUGCUGGUGCAGGAUAGGGUGGCCCAGCUGCUGGUGGCUAAGGCAGACUCGGACCAGGCAGGAACAUAUACCUGGACGCUGCAGGGGAAGCAGUGGGAGCAGAGAAAAACCAUCCUGUGUGUGACGGAGUCCCAGGACCCCCCCUUGACUCCAGUAGAGCUCAAAGGGAUGCCGUCUGCACCCCCAGUGGGGAGUGGUGGGCUGCCUGGCUAUGUGGGUGCGGAGGAGACACCGCACCCUGCUGCAGACUCCCUCCGUGCCCUGCCCGAGAACAGGCUGCAGUCCGGGGUGUUCUGGAGCUUUGCCUUUGCUGCCCUGUGUGUCCUGGUGCUGUUCUGCGUCAUGAAGGGCAGGCGAGGCCAGUGGACGCAGUUUUCGGCCGCCAAGUUCAUGAAGGAAGAGGAGAGUGACCACAUGCAGCUGACCUCUGGACUCCAGCCCUGACCGGCCCCCUGCUUGCUGCCCGAGUGAUAGGUGGCUCCUUCAGCCUGAGGGGCCCUUCCUGGGCCUUCAGGAGGACUCUGGGCUUGCUGGGGCAGCUGGGAGAUUUGGGGGCUGGCUUCUGUGGCACCCAGGUCAGAGCAGACUCCCCCUCACCUGUGCUCUGGGCCCUGAAUGGUCAGAAGCUCCCACCCAGUCCACAGCCAGCCACAUACACAGAUGCACACACACACGUGCUCAGAGAUGCAGACACGUGUGUCACAUGCACACCAUAUGCACUCAGACACGUGUGAACACAGAAACAUAGAAUGAUGUGUGCACAUAGAUACAGCACAGAGAGGCACACAGACAAGCUUUCCUGUGCCCAUUAGGAGGCAGCCGAGACUGGACAAGGCUGGACGACGUUGUCUCCACCCCCAGGCUACCCAGCGCCUGGCCUCUCACCAGAGCACCCAUAGGAGGGCCAGGAGGGACUUGCCCAGCAGGACCACAUUGGGGGGUGCAUCCCAGUUCUCCCCCAAGCCCCCAAGGACUGCCGGGAAGGGAAGCCCAGAACUGUCUACUGGAAUAAAACAACUGAAAUGCCAUAUUUCACGCCCACCUCUGGACGCCCCAGGGCCCUGGCACCUGCAGGGCCAGAACUGCCUCGGGCCAGAUGAGAGUUGACCGCUCAGCAGCCUCACCGGCCCGCCCACAGGAGUCCUACGCCUCACCCCGACACACAGACAGGGGUCCUGAGUCCUUCCGCCUGCCCUGCCCGGCCCCUGCGCUUAGCACGGCCUCCAGGAAGCCCAUCAGAGAGCCUGCCUCAGGCCACAGAACUUCCUCCCUCCAGCACUGGGUGUGUGGGGGCCCAGUUCAGCUCAGCGCUGAGCUGGGGUGCAGCUGUGAGUGUGGGUGCUCCGGCAGACCAAAGGGGCAGUCCUCUCCCUGCGGCAUGGCCCGGGGGGUCCCUCUGCUCCUCCUGCUCCUUGGGCUCCUCUGCCCGUUGCCCGUGGCCCUGGCCUCCGGAGGUAAGCGCUCCUCACCUCCUGCCCUCCUCACCAGGCUGGGGACAGGGGAUAGCUAUGC